UCAUAUGGUUUUAUUUACCUCUCCUGACUGGACUCGUUGGUGAAAAAGAUUAGGUAGUGGCACAAAUAUCAGUCGCGGGGAUUCACGACUGACGUUUACGGCCCUGGUUUCGAGGAUCGUUUCGUUUGCAGUUGUAUUCAGAUAGUAGCCGUCUCAGAAGCCGGAACGUUUCGUGUGCACGUCUCAAGCGAUAAAGUUACUCACAGCACGCAAUUCUUUACAAAGAAUCGUCAAGCAAAUAGCCAUUUGACAACAGGGAUACUUGUCAUCGAACAGGAAAAGGGAUAGAGAGUACGCAGAAGUAUUAUCACGGUGUCACGUCUACGCGACUGACCGUUUCAACGACCGACUUUCGUAGGCGACAUCGUUGAAAGACGUAAAACGAGACACUGGGGUACACCCGACAGGGCGAUCCAUCUGUGUCGAUACACCUACGAACACCCGUUCAAUUUUCACGCUAGAAGGCGGCCGUCCAGCAGGGCGAUACCAUUUUAUAUGACUUUUCUGCGACGUCAAGAAACAUUCAGGAUAUCAUCCAGAGGGAAAGGAUCGGUGUACAGCAAAGGCGGCGGUAGUAGGACAUUGUCCAAGCGAUUUUUAAAAGGCAACAUCAUCACUUUCGACCGGUCUAAUCGUUCGUUACGAGCCACUUGUGAAUUAACCACACCAACCUUGUACCCAGGCUUUCUUAGGGGCACAAGCAACGGACAGGCAGCGUGUAUGAUCAUUGAAGACUAUCCCCCUCUGCCCACCAAACCGAGGCAAUAUUUGCAUCAAGAUACCACCCAACGAUUUCUAAAUCAUUUAGUCCUGCCUAAGCACAGGACCUCAAAAUUUUCCAGUAAUAGGCAUCGGAAGCUACAGCCGUUCAGAGAAACGUGACUGGCGUCAGCGGGUAGUGCGGCACACGUUACCGCAGACAACGAAAAUCACCCUGACUCGAUACGUAACGAGCUACCAUCGGGUAGCCAUUGCCUGGCAACGUCGCUGCACAGCAAUCAAACUGCCGCUGGAAAACGUGGAAAGUAGAUCCAGGAGGA